AUCAAAACUGAAGACCUCAGUGACUCCUUGCAGUCUGCCAUCCCCCCUCGCUCAGGGCACCUUGUGCAGGGAUCCUCAAUGAUGCCUGGAAGCCAAAUCGCAGGGGAUAUGAGCUCUCUGCACACCCUGCAGCAGCUUGUGUUGCUUCCUGGGCACAUGCAGUCAGUUCCCCAGUUCCUUCUGUCUCAAUCCCAGGCAGGACAACAAGCUUUGCAGCCAAACCUCCUCUCCUUCCCUCAGCAACAGGGCAGCCUUCUCCUCUCCCAGCCAGGACCCAGCUUGGCAUCACAGGCUGUGGGCCGCUCUGGGCUCCCUGGCUCCUCAGUUGAACCCCACCUGGAUGUACCCCAACACUUGCAAGUGGCAAAGCACCUAACUCCAUCAGGAGCAUCGGAGGAGCCCAGUGACCUGGAGGAGCUGGAGAAGUUUGCUAAGACAUUCAAACAAAGGAGAAUCAAGUUAGGGUUCACACAGGGUGACGUUGGUCUGGCCAUGGGGAAGCUCUAUGGCAAUGAUUUCAGCCAGACAACCAUUUCCCGCUUCGAGGCUCUCAACCUCAGCUUUAAGAACAUGUGCAAGCUCAAACCCUUGCUGGAGAAGUGGCUGAGUGAUGCAGAAUCUGCUCCUUUGGAUUCUUCCAUGAGCACUCCCAACUCCUACCCCUCAGUGAACGAGAUGUUUGGGCGGAAAAGGAAGAAGAGAACCAGCAUCGAGACCAACAUUCGCUCCACGCUGGAGAAGAGAUUUCAAGAUAACCCCAAGCCCAGUUCAGAGGAGAUAUCCUUGAUAGCAGAGCAGCUUUCCAUGGAAAAGGAGGUGGUUCGGGUCUGGUUCUGCAACCGGCGGCAGAAGGAAAAGAGGAUCAGCUGCCCCGUGCCAUCCUCCAUCAAAUCACCCAUCUACAACUCCAGACUGGUCUCUACCUCAGGGUCCUUGGGGCCCCUCUCCGUGAAUCCAGUGCAUAGCACCAUGCCUGGGACUGUAACAUCAUCGUGUUCCCCAGGGAACUCCAGCAGGCCCUCGUCCCCUGGCAGUGCACUCCAUGCCAGCAGCCCCGGCACAGCCCAGAGCAACUCCAAAGCUGCCAUGAACUCUUCUGGUUUCAACUCUUCAGGAUCUUGGUACCGAUGGAACCAACCCACCUACCUCCACUGA